CGAGGCAGUUUAUAAACGGGUCCCUAACCUUGCCGGGUAUUGUGCAAACAACAAAACUCCAUCGAAUGCAAACAAAGCCAAAACCAUAACCAUAACUAAUCACACCAACGCAGCCAUGAUGCUAGGUGAGUCACACCGCUCAAAUCCAACCGUCCAUGUGCCACCGUGGCCACCGCUCCUUGAUGAUCCAACGGCGGAGAUGUAUUCCCCCUUCUCUGGCACCGGACUGUCCGUACACUCCGACUCCAAUGCCGCCGAUUACUCUCCCUACUACAUGCACGAAGCCAUCUCCGCGCUGCAGCGCUACCUUCCCUCCAACGACGUCGUAGACGAUGACUCCGAUUCUGAGGCUGCGCGUGAUAUAGACGCGCCGGUGGACGCAUACUCGUGCGACCACUUCCGCAUGUUCGAGUUCAAGGUGAGGAGGUGCGCGCGUGGCAGGUCCCAUGACUGGACGGAGUGUCCGUACGCCCACCCUGGAGAGAAGGCUCGCCGCCGUGACCCGAGGAAGUUCCACUACUCCGGCGCCGCGUGCCCCGAUUUCCGUAAGGGUGGUUGCAAGAAGGGUGACGCAUGCGAGUACGCGCACGGCGUUUUCGAGUGCUGGCUCCAUCCCGCGCGCUACCGCACGCAGCCAUGCAAGGACGGAACCAGUUGCCGGAGGAGGGUCUGCUUCUUCGCUCACACGCCGGAGCAACUCAGGGUUCUGCCGCAGCACAGUCCCCGUAGCGUUGAUUCCUAUGACGGUUCCCCCCUGAGGCAUGCAAUGGAGUCAUCGUGUGCGAAGACGCUUCCUUUUCUGUCUUCUCCGGGAUCGGAUUCUCCGCCGGCGGAGGAUUCCCCACCGAUGUCACCGGCGAAUCGGUCGUUGGGGCGGUCCGUGAAUGUGAGCGAGAUGAUGGCCUCUCUCCGGAAUCUGCAGCUGAGUAAGGUUAAGUCUCUACCCUCUUCAUGGAAUGUUCCAAUGGGGUCUCCCGGGUACGGAUCUCCCCGGGGACCCAUGAUCCGAUCCGGAUUCUGUAGCCUUCCUUCUACACCAACGGAGGGGCCAGGUGGCAGUGGUGUGAACUGCUUUGAAGUUUGGGAUCAGAGUUGCUGCUUUGAGGAGCCAGUUAUGGAGAGGGUUGAGUCUGGGAGGGGCAUAAGGGCCCGAAUGUUCGAGAAGUUGAGCAAAGAGAAUUCUCUGGAUGGAUCGGCUUCCGGUUCGGGUGGAGCUCCGGAUGUGGGGUGGGUUUCCGAGCUGAUUAAGUGAUUCCAUUUUGGGGGGAUUGGUUUCUUGCCCCCGCAGUGUGCAUAGUGUGUGAGGGAAGAGACAUCAUUUUUAUUUUGGAAGCAUGCAAAGCAACACCAACCAUCUAAUUUCUGUAAAUAUCGUUCUUAUGUUAUGGCUGAAUAUCACAAUCUCUGAUUAUCUGGGAAAAAUCAAGACAAGCAAGCAAUGAUUUUUCAGAGCUUUUGCCUUUUGUAUAGGUAGCAAGAUGAUGAUGAAAUUCUCAUGUGGUAAACUAGUUGGUAUAUGUUUAGUAAUAGUAAUAGUAUUGUUAUCUCUUUCCUCUUA